UUCUCUAUGACCUGCCCCCUUCACAGCACUUCCCCCUUUAGCAUUGUCAUUGAGACACUCUCCCAUUCAUCAUGGCCCUCCCAAAGUUCUCCCAGAUCGCCAAUGGUCUUCUGUCUCCCAAGGAGAAGAUGACCUCUCCCUCAUACAUGCCCGUCAGCGAUGAUGGUGGCAAGGAGCAGAGCAGUCAGGACGCCAGCCGCGACGGCUCCAGCGAGCAAGAGUCUUUCCUUCAUGAUGAGGAAUGGAAGCCACCAGUGAAAAGGUCGUUGCUCAGGAGAUACUGGCGCCUCGGGCUCGAGGUCAUACUCCUUGGCGUCUCGUGUGUGCUUUUCACUUUGACGGUCUAUCAUAAGCCCUCGCUUCAUCAACGGCAGUUGGAGUGCGGCAGGUUGCUAGGCCAGUGGCUACCUGACGCGGAACAAGGUGUGGAGUAUGAAGUGCAACGAUUCAAGGGAACAUUUGGCUGGGAGAACGAGUACACGGGAAUCGGCCCAGAGACUGACGCAGCCUGGGAUAAGAUUACAGACGGUCCCGCAGGCGGUGCCAUCGGCAUCACCAAAGAGCAGUGGGAGGCGGUGAAUCAAUUUCACGAUUACCCAGUCCUGCUCGAGAAGGACCACGGCACCGGCCAGUACCUCGCCUCCUUGGACGUCUUCCACCAGCUUCACUGCGUCGACCUCCUCCGCAAGGCUACCCACAGGGAGUAUUACGACAAGCACGAGGGCUCGUUCGCUGGGGCGCCCGAAUCUAUUGUUCAGGGACACCUGAGCCACUGCGUCGAGAUGCUGCGGCAGACGCUCAUGUGUCAUGGGGACAUUAGCUUGUUGACCUACAAUUGGGUCGAGGGCAGGUCAAUGCCGCAUCCCAACUUCAAUACGAUCCACACUUGCAAGAAGUGGGAUACGCUUACCAAGUGGAACGAGGGGCGGGAUAUCACUGUCGAAUGGGAGGACGGUGUAGGUAAGAAGAUGCUUAGCCCACCGUUGAAGCCAGCGGGUGUGAAGGGGAUGAAGACGCCUCCUUGAAUGGGAAUCUGAGAAAGAAUGACGAAUGAGUACUUGGGCCCAGUAACGGACCUACAUAUUUCGACGACUUGCAAUGUACGUGCAGUUGUGGAUCUGCUCCUAUUUGUCUUGCAAAAUGGAACAAAACGAACAGAAACAGUCAGAGACGACAUGAGUUGUGGAGAUGUCAUAUUUCUGUAUCAGUGAAAGGAAAACAUGAUUCGGCCUUUGUAUGCUAUCUUUUCCAACCUUCUCUGAAUCAAUAUAAUUAGGUUCAUAAUCAACUCAAAUCCAACACUGUGAAUCGGUCACUAGUC